GGGAGCGUGUGCCUCAGACAGGGUUUUCUUCUUGAAUUCACCACAUUGACUAGCCUUUCACUUUUACACCUCUCUUGCCAUCAGCCAAUAUAUCUACAGUGAUAUCGUAACCACUAUCCAACUAGUCAUUAGGACUCAAUGAUGACCGACGCGAUCAGCAAGCGAAGUAUUAGCUCUGUUGAUUCCAACCACCACCACCCCAAGCCGUAUCAUAACAACAGCUAUGGUGACCCAAAACGAGUCAAGUUGGCUGACUCAACACCCUCGGAUCGAUACAUUAGCUCAUAUCCCCCGCUAAAUUCCAUUCCAAAGACCGCCAGCAACCCUCUACAAAACUUUAGAAUUGAUGAUAGCAUACCGCAAAUCAAAAAUCCUGCUGUGUUAGAAGCAAGAAGCCAAUUAUUCGAAGAACCCACUGCGUCGUUUAAUUCAACGGAUGCGAAAAGCCCUUCCGCCAUGUCGUUAGCCCUCAUAGACGCAACGUACCCACCUCUGUUAUGUCCCUCUUGUAAACACCUUGCCAGCAGUCGCACUGAAGCUGAUUACCAUUACCGAUCUACCCAUCAUGGUGAACGAGACUUUGUGUGCAUGCACCCAUACUGUCAGCGGACGUAUCGAUCCAAGGGAGGGUUGAAAUACCAUUUGGAACAAAUGCACACAAUUAGCCAUAUACCAGAAAAUAGCGGCGCUACUGCAUCGUUACCUCCCAUUGUCCAUCGACCUCCUUCCAUUCCAUCGCCGCGCGUCAAACACUCCACUCCUCAUACCAUGAAACCUCGACCGACGUCUAGUCAUGAUUCAAAAUCAGCCGCUAAACGCGAACGAAAGCGCCCAAAACCCGCCUUGCUUCCGGCGUCUGAGCAGCUGUUGAACUCUGCUUACGACCCGCUGGUGUGCCCUGUGUGUCGAGCCACGUUCAAGCGAAAAACCAACGUCAUCAAUCAUUUGGUCGACUCACAUCACGGCGAAGAACCCUACCAUUGCAUCAUCACCGGCUGUACACAUCCAAAGUCCUACGCUACUCGAGAAGGUCUAGUGUAUCACAUUGCCAACCAUCACGACCGAGAAGCCAGUGGCAACGACAGUUCCAGUCGAUGACCCCACUGAGUCUCUCUGCACUUUUUUUCUGAGAAUCCCUUUUUCUUAAUGGUUCCCCUGUGCUUUAGCAAAUCGUUCCCUCUCCCUCACCGUACAUUUACAUCCUCUUUUGUUGAUUAUGAUGACGUUCUGGCGACCCAUGCCGGAACUUCUCACUGUACAUUGGCAAUUUUUUAAUAAUAUUUUUUUCUGGAGACUUGUAGUAAUGUGAGAUGGAGGA